AUGGCGCGAUUUAAGGGUUGUGCGUUCUUCAUUGUGUUUUUGCUUUUGGUAGCCGGGUGCCAAACAGGUGUCUCCACCACCACUCCAGAAGUCCCCAUCACCACUACAGAAGUCCCCAUCACCACUACAGGUGUCCCCACUACCAUUCCAGGUGUCUCCACCACCCCUCCAGGUGUCCCCUCCACCACUACAGGUGUCCCCACCACCACUCCAGGUGUCCCCACCACCACUCCAGAAGUCCCCGCCACCACUACAGAAGUCCCCACCACCACUACAGGUGUCCCCACCAUCACUCCAGGUGUCCCCACCACCACUUCAGAAGUCCCCACCACCACUCCAGAAGUCCCCACCACCACUAAAGGUGUCCCCACCACCCCUCCAGGUGUCCCCACCACCACUCCAGACGUCACCACUGCCCCGCCUUCCACCUCUGAUCCAUGUAACAAGAAUUCCUGCGGUGGUGGGAGUAGUUGCCAGAGACGAUUUAAUGAAACCUACACCUGCCUGUGCUUGGUGGGAAUGAAUUACGAUGAGACUGAAAGGCAGUGUGCAGAUGCCAAGGUGUUCCCUGGCAAACUUGAACUGCGGCUGACAUGGGAUAAACAGCUGAAAAUUAAAACAUCAGAAGGCUUCGAAAAACAAUCCAAAAUCGUUAUUGCUAGGCUCAACCAAACCUUCAAAGAUCUGGAUCUAAAGUACCUUAAGAGUACAGUAUUGGAGUUCAAUCCUAGUGAAUCUGUCGAGAUGAACCUGAGGAAAAACAAAUAUACAAUAGCAACUGUGGAAAACCUCUUUCGACUCAGUUCUAACGCUAACGACAGUUGGGUUACAGACACAGUGUUGAAAGCUAUUACAAAUGACCCACUGAUCGCAUCAUUCAAUGCUACAAAUUUGUGUGAUCGAAAUGCCUGUGAUAAAGCGACUGCAAAUUGUAAAACAGGCGACGAAGGAUCAUUCAACUGUUCUUGUGUUCCUGGUUAUCUCGCUUCUAAGUUCAGCACCAGAGCAUGUUUUGCUUGUCCCAGUGGAGAGAGGCCCUACAAUGAUACUCAUUGUUAUCCUUGUGCCUUCGGAAAAUCUGGAUUUAACUGUGAAGAAUCCUGGCAACUGGCACUGGUGAUCGUUGGGUCUGUAUUGGGAGGUCUGCUCUUCCUCAUGGCCAUUGUUGUAGGUGUGUUGUCAUGCAGGCCUUCAAGGAAGAGCAGCAAGAAGACGUCGGGCACGGAGGAGGACACGGCUACAUACUACAGCCACUCUCUUGCCAAGGCGCCGCUCAUAAACCCCAAUGGACCUAUGCCGGUCGCCGCAAACGGGUUCCCCAAGAUACCAAGGGCCACAUCCACCAGGGACCCACUUGGAGGGGGCCGCAUGGAGAUGACCCCCAAUAACAGCCAGCUCAUCGCUGGUCCGAGGGCCGGCCAUGCAGCGCCCCACAUUCAGAACCGAGACCCCUAUGAGCAGAACCGAGCGACGACCAACCCCUACGUUCAGAACCGGGAACCCUAUGAGCAGAACCAAGCGACAACCAACCCCUACGUUCAGAACCGGGACCCCUUUGAGCAGAACCGAGCGACGACCAACCCCUACGUUCAGAACCGGGACCCCUAUGAGCAGAACCGAGCCAUGAACAACCCCUACGUUCAGAACCAGGCUUACAACAAUAAGAAGCGAGGAUACACAAAUUCAAACUACAUGCACGACGAUGAGAGAAGCUAUUAAUGAGGCAUCUAUGAGCCGGCCCCUGCCCUCCAGCUGAUACGAGGAACAGCACACCUUCUGACGGCACACUUUCAGCUGCUUGCUUAUUUAUUAAUUCAUGGUUUUCAAAUUAAAAUGAAGUGAGAAUGAAUUUGCUUGAAAUUCAGUGCCAAAAUGUGUUUGGUAUUCAGUGUAUCUAAAUAUAAAUUGUUUUACCUCACCUUCAAUGUAGAUGGGCCAAACUUUUUUCACAGAUCUAAUGAAAACAAAUAAAUAUAUUUUGAUUUUAUGAACCUUAAUUAUUGGCUACCUUAAAUAUUAAUCAAUGAGCAAAUGAGUCAGGUUCAUCAAAUACCAUUUAUGGUGGUCUUGGUGACGUUUAUUGAAAGGAUCAUUGUCGAUAUGAGCCAUAUGAGCCAGCAGUAAGAAUAGGCUGUAACUAUAUGCCUUUUGCAAUUAGUCUGUGCUCACAAUGAUGUUCUUAAAUUCAAGGGCAAUGACCUACUAAUUAGGGGAUCUAAUAGGGGUUUGAACAGUGUUCCCAGUCUUUUCAGCUUAUCAUUUUCCUGGUAAGUAAGAUAUAAGUUGAGAUAUAAACUCUCCACUUAGUCUUGCACACAAUGGUGCAGUAAAUGGUGCAGGUGCACCCUAACUCACAGAGGUACUUGAACUCCUUCACAGGGGGGUAAGGACUAAUUUCCUUUUUUUUUCUCGGAAAUUGAGCCUUCAAUGCAUUUCCUA